AUGGCAGCUAAGUUUUUUACCCUGCUGUGUCUGGCACUUUUGGCCGCUGGCCAAGCGGAGUACAACUACAACGAGAAGUCCGCGAAGGCGGCCAGCCCAGCGGAACGCAGUGCAUCCAGUUCUGGCGAGGAUUUCCUGAGCGACUACCACACGCCCAGCAACAAUGCCCUGAAUUCGGAGGCCACGCCCGAUGGCUAUGACUACGUGGCGCCCGCCAGGAAUCAGUUCGCCGCCGGCAGCCGUACGGCCAGUGUCCAGGCCUCCAAUCUUCUCCAGAAUGCGGCCAGCGCGGCCAAUGCCGAAGCCGUGCUGCUGCCCUCACCGCUGCCCAUCCUCCGCCACGAGCAGAACUCGGAGGUGGUUUCAUCCGCGCCGCAGCAGGAACAACAGCAGCUAGCUCCAUCCAUUCAGCAACAGCACUCGGAACCGGUGGUGGUCAGCUCCGUUCUGCGCCAGCAGCAGGAGCCAGAGGUCUUUCCGCCCGCCAGCUACAGCUUCAACUAUGCCGUGAACGACGAGACCACCGGCGACAUCAAGGAGCACAGCGAGACCCGGGAUGGCUAUGUGGUGCGCGGAUUCUACAGCCUCGUCGAUCCCGAUGGCUACAAGCGCACCGUCACCUACACGGCGGAUGAUGUGCAUGGCUUCAAUGCCGUGGUCAACCGGGUGCCCUAUGCCCUCAAGGCGGUGGUUGUUCCCGUGGCCCAGGUGGCCCAGGUCGCCCAGGUGGCGCAGCCCACUCCAUUUGUGGCUCGGGAUGAGCGCUCAAAGUCCGUGGAUGUUAUUCACUCCUCGGGUGCAGCAGCUGCAACAGGAGUAUCAGAAGUAUCAGGAGCAGGAGGAGCACCAGCAACUGUCCUGCGAUCGGGAGCUGUUGCCGCUUCCGGCUCAUCUUCGGGCAACGUUGCCGGAUCCCAAGUGACCAACUCCUUCGCCGAGGACAGCUACGCCAAUGCUCCGCGUGGCCUGGACGCCUCCGGCGGUCCCUACGCCUGA